GGCGGGCAGGUACGAGCAGGUACAGGGAGCUAUGAACAGCGAAGUAGGAGAGUUAGUCCAGGGUAUCCCCCGCCAGCAGCGCGAUGCCUCGUUUCACGGUGCACGUCAGGGACGAGUGGCUGACCGUGCCCUGCAAGGACGUGUCCAACACGGUGCAGUGGCUGGGCGUCGAGGCGCUCCGACGGUACACGAAGAACAAGCCCGACAAUGGGGGCAUCAGCUCGGUGAAAGAUGUGCGUUUCUAUGUGAGGCGAUGUCAGGGACACGGGCUGCUGGACGCGGACGAUGUGAUCGAAGACGUUUUGGAAGACAACGAUUUCGUUGAAAUCGUUAUCGAAGGAGACACAAAAUCUCCGGAUUUUAUUCCGUCCCAGCCGGGAGAGCCUCACCUCAAUACUACAUACCGAGAGCCUGAUGAAUACAUUCUUUUGGAUGGCAACAGUCUAACAACCACAGAUCUGGUCAAGUUAGGAAAAGGACUCUACAGGAUUAAGCUUACCCCAGAAGCAGAAGACAGAGUUGGGCAUUCAAGAGAACUCCUCGAAAACAUUGUAAAGGAAAAUAAAGUUGUUUAUGGAAUCACAACGGGUUUUGGAAAAUUUGCUCGAACAGUUAUACCAAAGAGUAAGCUGAAGGAAUUGCAAGAAAACCUGGUUCGGUCUCACUCAGCUGGUCUAGGCAAGCCAUUGAGUCCCGAACGCUCACGAAUGCUGCUGGCUCUUAGGAUCAAUGUCCUGGCCAAAGGGUACAGUGGCAUCUCUCUGGACACCCUCCAUCAGAUGAUAGAGGCCUUCAAUGCCUCCUGCCUGUCUUAUGUCCCAGAGAAGGGGACGGUCGGGGCCAGCGGAGACCUCGCGCCCCUGGCUCACCUGGCGCUGGGGCUCACGGGAGAGGGCAAGAUGUGGUCACCGAAGAGCGGCUGGGCCGACGCCAAAUACGUGCUGGAGGCCCAUGGUCUGACUCCCAUAUCCCUGAAGCCAAAGGAGGGGCUGGCCCUCAUCAAUGGGACCCAGAUGAUCACGUCUCUGGGUGCGGAGGCAGUGGAGAGGGCUCAGGCCAUCGCCAGGCAGGCUGACAUCAUCGCCGCGUUAACCCUGGAGGUGCUCAAGGGAACCACAAGGGCCUUUGACAGCGGUAUCCAUGAGCUGCGUCCUCACCCUGGACAGAAGGAAGUGGCCUUCAGGUUUCGAUCUCUGCUGGAUUCUGAUCAUCAUCCUUCGGAAAUAGCAGAAAGCCACAGGUUUUGCGACCGAGUUCAAGAUGCGUACACCCUGCGCUGCUGUCCUCAGGUGCAUGGAGUGGUGAAUGACACUAUUGAGUUUGUCAAGAACAUCAUCAACACAGAAAUCAACAGCGCCACAGACAACCCUAUGGUCUUUGCUGAAAGGGGAGAGACCAUUUCUGGUGGGAAUUUUCAUGGUGAAUACCCUGCUAAAGCUCUGGACUAUUUAGCCAUCGGUGUGCACGAGCUGGCCUCCAUCAGUGAGAGGAGGAUUGAGCGGCUGUGUAACCCGUCUCUGAGCGAGCUGCCCGCAUUCCUGGUCAGCGAAGGGGGCCUGAACUCCGGGUUCAUGAUAGCCCACUGCACUGCCGCUGCUCUGGUGUCCGAGAAUAAAGUACUGUGUCACCCGUCCUCUGUGGACUCCCUGUCCACCAGCGCUGCCACUGAGGACCAUGUCUCAAUGGGUGGCUGGGCAGCCAGGAAGGCCCUCCGCGUGGUGGAGCAUGUGGAACAAGUUCUGUCCAUAGAGCUGCUCGCAGCCUGCCAGGGGAUCGAGUUUUUACGCCCCCUGAGAACUACCACUCCAUUGGAGAAAGUCUAUGACCUUGUUCGUGCAUCUGUCAAGCCAUGGAUUAAGGAUCGCUUCAUGGCUCCAGAUAUCGAGGCUGUUCACAGGCUACUUUUGGACCAAAAGGUGUGGCAGGUAGCAUGUCCUUACAUAGAAAAGUACAAGCUGGAGCACAUACCUGAAUCACGGCCUACCUCACCAACAGCCUUUGCGCUCGACUCUCCGUCGUCACCAAGGAAACGCGUGUGCCAUGAAUACGAUCAUUGAGACAGACGGGGCAGACACAUUAACUAAGCCAUUAUUUGUUAUCUUAGUUAAUAAUUUUAACGUAAAUCUAAGAAUUCCUUACAAAUCUUAAUAAAAUAAAGGGAAAUGUGUUUAAUUUUUGAUUUAUAAGGUACCUUAAUAUUUUGCUAGCUGGGACAGUGGUAGUUUUUGUAAGGGACAGUAUAGAUCAGGAGUGAAUAGUUCUAUUUCCUGAGUUCCUAAAGGUUUUCCACUUGCCUUUCAUCUGUGUUGUAACUUUACUGUGAUAAUUAUUACCCUUGUUACUUGUUACCCAGAUAAAUCAAGUGAACAUAGUUCUAUAUCUGAAAUACCUGAUACUUUAUUCCUGUAUAACUGCGUGUGGCAACUGGACAGCUGCAUUUAAGGGCUGGCGCUGUUACUACUGGUAAAGCUGUACAAUGUAUUCGGUUUGCUCAAAUAUUUUUGUUUAUAAAUGAUUAAGUUGGUCAUUACUGAUUGUCUUUUUUCUACCUCACAUACUGUAUGGUCAUUUAAAAGCUGAUGUCUGAGUUAAAUGGAUCAGUAACAUGUACAGUCCCCAAAAAAUAAUUUCUGUAAUAAUCCAGUACCAAGGAAAUAUUUUUAAAUGCCAAGAUAAGAUUUGUUUUUGCAAUUUUUUUCUCCUUACUGCUUGACUCCAAUUAAAUUUAUUAGAAAACAUGUGAGCUUUGAUGUUUGCAACAUUGUUAUCCAUACCCCAAAAUAUUAAAUAAAUCUAAAUAUCUACAGUAAUAACAAAACAUGCCUAAUAACUCUUAACAACUAUUAAAGUGAUAUGUAUUUACAGUGUUAUCUCUGUUAUCUCUGGCAUGCAUGAAAUUGCAGAAAUUCUUUAUGCAAGUUUAGUAAAAUGAAUGUCUUAAUCCAUUUCAACAUUUACAUAAUUAUUUAUUAUUUGGAAACAAUAUAUUAAUGGUUAUAUAUUGUCAUUUUCUUUAUAACAUUUCAGUAUAUAGGUAAUACCCCUGUUUCAGAUUCAGUUUUAAAAUAAAACAAUAUGAACGAAUCCCUUA